GCUCUUUGAAGAAGACGCGGUCGUAGCUGUUGUGGAUCCUUAGUCCGCACGCUCCUGCUCCUGACUCACCGCUGUUCGCUCUUGCCGAGGAACAAGUCAGUCAGGAAGCCGCGCAGCAGCCAUGGCUUUUAAGGAUACCGGAAAAACACCCGUGGAGCCGGAGGUGGCAAUUCACCGAAUUCGAAUCACUCUAACAAGCCGCAAUGUAAAAUCGCUGGAGAAGGUGUGUGCUGACUUGAUCAGAGGAGCAAAGGAAAAGAAUCUGAAAGUGAAAGGACCAGUUCGAAUGCCUACGAAGACUUUGAGAAUCACUACAAGAAAAACACCUUGUGGUGAAGGUUCUAAAACAUGGGAUCGUUUCCAGAUGAGAAUCCACAAUAUCACAGGGAACCUUCUUACAGUCCACCUCUCAGGCAUUUACUGCUAA